AUAUCUACAAAGCACGUCAGCAACUUGAAGAAGAUCAUUAUGGUCUUGAGUCAGUUAAGAAACGUGUUUUGGAAUACUUGGCCGUUUUAAAAUUAAAAGAAGAUCUGAAAGGACCUAUUCUAUGUUUACUUGGUCCUCCAGGUGUUGGAAAAACUUCAUUGGGUAAAAGUAUUGUAAAUGCGCUCGGUCGAAAAUUCCACAGAAUCUCUUUGGGUGGUGUAAGAGAUGAGGCUGAGAUUCGCGGACAUCGUCGAACUUACAUUGGUGCCAUGCCUGGUCUUAUCGCCCAAGGUCUUAGACGUGUCGGAGUUAAAAACCCUGUAUUUUUACUUGUUGGCCAUUUGAGUAACCAUGGAGACCCAUCUGCCGCUUUGCUUGAAGUCCUCGAUCCAGAACAUAAUACUUUUAACGAUCAUUACCUUAACGUCCCCCUUGAUUUAUCUAAAGUUUUAUUUAUCGCUACGGCUAAUCAAGUUGACACGAUACCUCCUCCUCUUUUAGAUCGUAUGGAACUUAUAACUGUUCCAGGUUAUACAUUUGAUGAGAAAAUAAAUAUUGCACAAAGACAUUUAUUACCAAAGCAAAUCAUAAAUCACGGUCUUUCAGUAGGAGAUGUAAAGAUUUCUGAUAAAUUGUUACUAAAAAUUGCUUCUGGCUACACCAGAGAAGCCGGUGUUAGAAGUUUAGAAAGAGAGAUUGCGAGUGUUUGUCGAGCAAAAGCUGUGGAAUAUGCUGAUGCAAAAUAUAAAGACGAAUUAGAUGGUUACACUGGGGAAAUUACUGAGGAGGAAGUUGAAAAAAUCUUGGGGGUUACUAAAUUCGAUAAUGAAGUUGCAGAACGUACUGCUAGACCAGGUGUAAUUACUGGGUUAGCAUGGUCAGCAUCUGGAUCCGGUGGUAUUUUAUUUAUUGAAGCUACACAAAUGGCUGGAAAAGGCAACCUUCAAUUAACAGGUAAGUUGGGAGAUGUAAUCAAAGAAUCAGCCAACAUCGCACUUUCGUGGGUGCGAGCACAUGCUUUUCAGUUGGGAAUUACAACAUCGGAAACCGAAUCUAAGUUUUUCUUUCAGAGAGACAUUCAUAUACAUUUUCCUGCAGGUGCAGUAGGUAAAGAUGGCCCGUCAGCCGGUGUAGCAUUGACAACUGCACUUGUGUCUUUAUUCACGGAUAGGCGUGUACCACCAACAACAGCAAUGACGGGUGAAAUUACUCUACGAGGUCAAGUUUUACCCUGUUAG